UGCAAUAGCAAUAUCAGUUCAACCUUUUCCAGCCGGAAAUAAUCAAGCAAUAUCACCAUGAACUUCUACAAGAUCUUCGUUUUCGUCGCCCUCAUCCUGGCAAUCAGCAUUGGACAAUCGGAAGCUGGAUGGCUAAAAAAGAUUGGCAAGAAACUGGAACGUGUUGGCCAGCACACUCGAGAUGCCACAAUCCAGGGUCUGGGAAUCGCUCAACAAGCCGCCAAUGUAGCGGCAACUGCCCGAGGCUGACGACUAUGCCACACUAUUUCUAUUUAUCAUAUUUAAAAUAUUUAUUUAUUCUGUUGUUCUAAGGAAAUAAAAAUAGAGAAAAAUA